AUGUCGAAUAUCGCACUUGUAAGGCAGGUGUUCAAUAACCUUUCAUGGUCCGACAAACUACUUCCCAUGAAUAUAAUCAUAGCUAUCAUAAUAGGGCUAGUUAUUUCAAAGUAUAGUGAAAAAGCUAGAAAUGCAUUUCAAGGUGAAAAAGUGUUGAAUGUUCCUAUACCAUUAGCUAUAGGCAUGGUAAUCAUGAUGGUUCCACCUUUAUGCAAAGUUCAAUGGGAAAAUAUGAUUGUAUUAGUCAAGAAGAAAAACUUUAGGGAACAAAUGUUCAUCUCAUUAAUAAUUGGUUGGGUUUUAUGUCCAUUUUUAAUGUUUGGUUUGGCGUGGUUAACUUUAUUCGAUCAAGAUGAAUACAGAAUUGGUGUUAUCUUGAUUGGAUGUGCUAGAUGUAUUGCUAUGGUUUUAGUUUGGAAUGAAGUUGCUGGUGGUGACACUGAUUUAUGUGCAGUGUUGGUGAUUAUCAACAGCGUUUUACAAAUCAUAUUAUAUGCACCUUAUAAGAUCUUGUUUUGUGACAUUAUGGGUGGAAGUGGCUUAUACCAAGGUGUAACGAUAUCUACAACUUAUCAAACUGUUGCACAAACAGUAGGGUUCUUUUUGGGGAUUCCAAUGGCUGGUGGAUUUCUGAUAAGAUCAAUAGGGAUGUUGACUAUUGGCGUGGAUAAAUUUGAAAAGAAAAUUAUGCCAUUUAUUGGUCCUUUUGGUAUGAUUGGGUUAUUGUAUACAAUCAUCGUUAUUUUCAUUGAAAAGGGAGACGACUUUUUACAAGAGAUCGGAACAGCUUUCAGAUGUUUUGUUCCACUUAUAUCAUAUUUUAUCAUUUCAUGGAGUGUUGCCUUUUUUGGUUUGAGAUUUUGGGAUUCUAGAAGGCAACUAAAACUCGGAAAUUAUGAUAGAUUAACAACUUGUGGAUGUGAAAAGAAUAUGGAGCAGUAUGAAUCAAGAAAGAGGUCCAAAGGGUGGUGCUCUGCCUCAUAUUCUCAAGUCAUAACCCAAUCUCUAGUUGCGUCUUCAAAUAACUUUGAAUUGAGCUUGACCGUCGCGAUUGCUCUUUAUGGAACAGAUAGUCGACAGGCCAUAGCUGCUACUUUUGGACCAUUAGUUGAGAUCCCAGUGCUAUUGAUUUUAUGCUUUGUGUCUAGAUUUUUCCAAGAGAAGCUCCUUUGGAAGGAUGUUUAA